AUGCUUCAAUCGCAAAUCCUUAGUGUUCUACCACGUCGAAUGCUUGCCAGCUUAUGGGCAUCAGCAGAAACACGUCUUACGCUAUCGCAUUUCACCGCCAACAACCACAGCAAUGCUACCUCGCCAUCGUUUCUUUGUGCUGAGUUACCUGUUCGCUACAUGCACAUGUUGAGAUUAUUGUCGUCGCUUCCGCUAGAUGCAUUACAAUCGCCUAUGAUUAAACACGUGUCGCAUCGAUAUCUCCACGAUUUGUGUACAUUGUUACAUCCAUCCAUGCAGAAUACAUCAAGUCGUGCAUUCAGCGAUGUGAUGCGGCGGCUACGACAACGACAAGCGACUAGCUUAAUCCGAUUGCGAUAUGCAUUGGCAGGGUCUACCAUGUUGAUGGAUAAUAUCAAUACGAUUGGACUCGGGAUUCAGUUUCUCACUGAGCAACAUCUUUCAUGGCCCGAUCGUGUUCAAGAAGUGAGGCCAGUGGAAAUUGCCAUGCAGGCUGCAGACGAUGUACGACAAGUCUGUGCCUCCUGUCUUGGCAAACAACCACCUCCAAUCUCUAUCAUUGACAAGGGAUCCUCUCAAGAAAUGCAUUAUGCUCCUAGUGCAUUGCAUCGUGUAUUAUUCGAAUCCAUGCUAUUAGCUGUACGAGCUCACAUGACCACAACUGCCACUACUACAUCCACUUCAAGGUGGCCAUCUUUAUCCUUUAUGCGUAAAAACAAGCAGCGACCUAUUCAACUUGAUAUUUUUGGUGGUCCAACAAGUGUCGGAUUUCGCUUGGAUAGUCCAGCACCUUUAUUGACAAGGGAUACUUUACAUGACAUACCACGUGACCCUAUUGGUAUUCCCAUUGCUCAUCAAGUGUUGAGCUCAACAGAAGCCGACACCCUUAGCAAACAUGGAGAUGAACAAUUACCCAAUGCUGAAUGGCAUGUAUGGAGUGGGUGGCGUGCAGCUAAAACAAUGGCUAGCCACUGGGGUGGUAACCUUGAUGCCAUGUCUGUUGAUGGACUUGGUACAACAAUGUAUCUUGCUCUUGACCGCGACUUGAACAUCAGCGAGCGUUAUCCUGUUUACAAUCCAUCACGUAGGCGAUACAAUCCUGAGACACAGCUUGAAGCUUUCCUUGAUGCCAUUUCACAACAACAAAGCACAACCCAUCAAUACCAACGUCCUGCCAAAGAUCAUUCCAUUUCUCUUUCAGCAGCUGUUGCAUCUGCAGUUGCUCAUGCUUAA